GCUUAAUUAUUAUGCUCCUCCCACUAAUAACCAGUCAAUCAUGGCGGAUUUGAGGAAGGAGAAAGAAGCUUUUGUGAGUGGCCUCUCUGGGACGAGUCUAAGCGAGUUAUACCUGAUACUGAUAGCCGGUGGACUGGGAGUGGCUAUUAGACACUGCCUACUGUUGUAUUACAAAAGAUUGAGAAUAUAUCAUCAAGAAAACAUCAUUUUUGCUUUCUUUUAUGAGUUCCUUACUGUAAUGCUGCCUGGUCUACUCUCAUUCACAAUACUGUCAGAAUACUUCAUUACAUUACUGAUACCAAUAUUAGUAUUAGUAAUAAUAAUACCACUGAUACCUAAAGCUGGUAGCAUUGAAAAGGUUCAUUCUUUAUUAAAAUCACUGCCAUUCCCCAAGAGGCCGCCUUUCCUCACUGUACUGAGGACCUGGGUCAAUAUAUACACAUCAAUAUGUAUACUGGCUGUUGACUUUCACGUAUUCCCAAGACGACUGGCUAAGGCAGAGUCUUAUGGAACUGGUCUAAUGGACAUAGGUGUGGGUAUGUUUAUCAUCAACCAUGGGAUGGUAGUCAAGGAAACACACCUUGAUGAUGUCUCUAUUGGCCGAUACCUGAAGUCCCUGUCUCAUUACAUUGUCAGUUCUCGUGUUUGGGUCUUCAUCCUCCUCGGGCUCCUGAGGCUAUUAUCAGUGAAGUCUACCGACUACCAGCAGCACGUCUCUGAAUAUGGAGUACACUGGAACUUCUUCUUUACUAUAGCAGCUGUCAAAAUAUUUUCUGCAGCACUGCAACCAUUAGUCCAAUGCAUUCCUUCCAAGUAUAAAUAUGGAAUCACUUCAUUGUUGAUAGGUGUUGUGUAUCAGUUCCUGCUGAGUUGUGGAGUAAGAGAUUACAUUCUUUAUGGACCAGGUGGCACUUAUUCUCGUAAGAGUAUCAUUGCUGCCAACAGAGAAGGAUUGUUCUCCUGUGCUGGCUACUUGUCUAUCUAUUAUGCUGGUAUGGAACUAGGAAGAUUAAUAUUUAUGGAUGAAAAUAACAGACGAAGAGAGAAGUCAUCAGAUUAUUACAUCAUAGGGCUGUUACUAUUAAUAGCAUCAGUGCUCAGUAUUUUAAGUACUGUUGCUUCCACUGGCUGGAUAGAGCCUGUCUCAAGGAGGAUGGCUAAUAUUACCUUCAUACUCUGGAUAAUAUCAAUUGGUGCCAAUUACCUGUUUAUGGCUUACCUCAUUGACUUGCUAGUAUUCUAUAUUAUGAGUAUUACUCUUCCAGUUCAUUCAGUAUCACCUCUUUAUGACUUCAUCUAUUCCUCUCCUACUACCCACUAUUGUUUAAUCUCCUCCAUUGAUUACAAUCAGUUCCUCUUCUUCAUUAUAGCUAACAUAUCCACUGGAUUAGUUAAUGUUUCCAUCAAUACAAUGGACACUGGCUGGUUGGUCUCCUUUCUGUUGAUUUCAUUGCAUAUAAUGUUAAUAUCACUGAUAGUUAUUGUAAUGAAGAAACUCUCUUUAAAAUUAAUGUAACUUGUCAUUAGUUUUUUGUUCAAGUUGUCAUGUGAGCUCACGUGUUUUAAG